AUGACUAAACUGAUUUUGGCAUCUUCUCUUGCACUUAUUGCACUUGUAGCCUUUACGCAGGUUCAAUCAGCUGUUCUACCAGUUUCCACUACAGAUGUCACUGCUAUAACAUCUGAAACUUCAAUUGAUACUCUUGGAUCAUCUAGAGUGAAAAGAAACGGAGGAUGUGGAUGUUGUGGAUGUUGUGGAUGCGGUGGUGGAGGUGGUGGAUGUGGAUGUUGCUGUUGCAGACCAAAAUGCUGUUGUCGUUGUUGUCGUUGUUGUACUUGUUGUAGAACUUGUUGUUGUACAAGAUGUUGUACUUGUUGUAGACCAUGUUGCUGUGGAUGUGGUUGUGGAUGCGGAUGUGGAUGCUGUGGAUGUGGAGGCGGAGGACGUAAACGUCGUUCUCUUCAGAACCUUCGAGUCGAUGAAGCUAAUAGAGCUCUUGGAAUCAAAAGAAGACCAUCUAAGAACGUAGAAAAAUGCUAA